AUGGAGAGUACAACCAGUACCCCGGCCCAAGUCAAGAAAAAUGUCUAUUCUGUGUGGGCACUUCCGCCGGAGGAAUUGACUCCGCGGCUAAAGAAAUUGAUGGAGGGCCUCAGGUCGGAGUUCGGUGGGCCCGAGUUCGAGCCGCACGUUACGGUCGUCGGCGCUAUCAGCUUAACGGAGACCGAGGCGUGUGAUAAGUUCAACAAGGUCUGCGAGGAACUCAAAGCGUAUGACGCUAGUGUGGAGAAAGUUGACACCGGCAGUUUCUUUUAUCAGUGCGUUUUCCUUCGGCUUCAUCCAACGCCUGAGUUACACUGCCUAACAAAUGGAAAUAUGACCAGGAUUGGGAAACAAGAAUUUGGCAACUAG